CAUCCACUCCUUCUGAAUGAUCACCGAUUAGUUCAGCAGUCACAAACAGAUGUGGGGCCGUCCUGACAAAGCUCAGACCUCUUCUCUACGGACCUGUGCAGAGUGCAAAAUAACAACCAGUUUGAGUUUUCUAUAAUUCUUUGCCGACGGAUGGAGAGUGUCACCUGCUAGAUAACCCUAUGGCGCGCCUACUAUGCUGUGAUAUUUUGUGAUAAUAACUACUUUUCUUUUGCGAAGAGGAAAUAAAUCCUGAGUUAACUGCGAUGGCGUUCUUCCGUCAGUUGCGUCUCCUCCUCUGGAAGAAUGGACUAGCUGUUGUUCGUCAGCCGGGAUGGUCACUUACAGUAAUCAUUUGGCCCAUCGUCAUCUUCAUCAUCUUGGCUGUCACCCGGAGGCAGUUCCCCCCUGUGCAGAGAGAACCAUGUUAUGUUGGACCUCGGAACCUGCCCAGUGCGGGGUUCUUUCCCUUCCUUCAGACCCUCAUGUGCAACACUGACAGCACUUGUCACAACAAGUCACGCCUUCUAGACACAACCAAGACUGGAAGCACCCUCUCCACAGGAAGUGCCCCUUCGCUUGGACGCAUGUUAAAAUCGGGGAGGCUCAUCCAGUCAGCACUGAAUAACUCCACUGGCAACUCUGCAGAAAUGCUGGGGCUCUGGAACACCAUGCUAGGUGCACCGUAUGGAGGAGUGGUUACGCCUGAACACCCAACGUGGAGCAACAACUCUCACAUGGGACACUUCAACAGCCCUCUGUAUGUUCAGAACACCUCGGAUGCCAUGGUGGAGUCCAUGAGGGAGCUAAGGACGGCCAUGUGCACCGUAGGUCUCUCCAUGGUCAACUCCUCCUCUGGCCACCCUCUCUACUACGCCCUGGUCACCUUCUGCGGGACCAACAACACCGUCCUGGAAGUCUCCCUGCUCACCAUCAACCAGCUGCUGAAGGACCUGAUGAAGAGUGAGGCCAACGUUGUCGUGCCGAUUGCAGCACAGGUGGUGGUGAUGUUUGACCAGCUCCAAAACCACAGUGCAUUGUGGGACAGCCUUUUGGCCUUCCCACAGCUCCUCUCAAGCCACUCUGUGGACCAGGCACUGGUUGAGGGGGAAAAUCUGUUCACCAACCUGCAAGGGGCGUUGCAUGUGUUCCAAGAGUCUUUCCCAGAAGCAGGUGACACACUCUCGGCGUUGCACAUCCUUUUGACUGGAGGAAUAAACCUCAGCCGCUACGUUCAGAAGUGGCCAGGCCGAGACGUCUACAUCUCACUUGGAGAUGUUGUCAUGUUGCAGAAUGACACGAUCAGCGAACUCACCAAACUUGUUCUGCGGCAGAUAGAAAUACCCCUUGAUAAGGCCAUUUGCCUGUUGCUUGACCCAGACACGGUGCGAUCCUACAUUUGUAAUAACAGCGGUAGCAAUGCUGGACUGACCGCUGCGUGCAUGACUGGGUUGGUGGACACCUUCCUGGGCUGGAUUAGUCCAGAAAAAGUGGCCACGCAGGCCCUACUGAUGUGGAGUAAGUCUGUGGCCGCUGGUGACCUGGCCUUUGUGAAGGGCUUGCUGCAUAGUGUGAUGGGAGGGGCCAUGAAAAGUCCCCAAGACACAAGGAGGAGCCGUCGCAGUGUGGAUGCAGAUGGGCCACAGAACCCGGAAGAGGAUCUAUUUGUGAACGUGGGUCGUGUGGUACUGGAGGUUCUCAAGGUCUUCCCAGAUGUCGACUUUGUCAUUCAGCGCAUCCUGAGGACCGGAUUGUUUUCAAUGCACACUGCCAAUCUGGCCAUCAACACCAUAGAGAAGAUGAUUACGAGCGUUAGUAAAGAUGUUCAUCAAUUCCAAAACACUUACAUGAUGCUGAUGACUGAGCGGCCAGAGGCGGGUGCUUGGAUUGACCAGGCCCUGAACAGCACAGCUGAGAUGGUGUUGGAAGUCUUGACACCAAGCGGGCCCUUAACAUGUGAACGCCUGCUGCGUCCCUAUGAUUGGCUGUUGCACUCCGAGUGCAUGGACCCUGAAGCGUGGAAAGCCCUCAUUUGCCAGAACGUGACCAACCUGGAACAAAGCCUGGCAAUGGAAUGGUGGCCUCUGUUCCAGAUGGUAGAAGAAGGCUACAGUAACAUCUUUAGUCACCAAGGCGACAACAUCACCCUUCCCAUGAUCCUCUCUGAGUGGCACAAGCUGUGUAACAACACGAAAAACUUUCCAAUGUUCAUAGACACAACGUUUUGGAACUACCUCUCUGAUUCCUGGAUGUCUGGGAACAACAGUGACGAUAUGACGGAAACUCUCCUUCAAAGGGUCAUGUCGGCUGUGGCAAGUUUGGGCGAAGGCAUCGAAAGGAGCCCGCUGUGGCCCCAUGUGGGCCGCUAUGUGUACAUGACCUCGUGGAUCCUGAACUACAAGCCUGGCAACACAACAGAGCCGGCUCACUGUUCCUUUGAUUUGCAAACCAUGGAUGUGUACUGCAAUGCUAAUGUGGACUGGCCACAGUUUGUUCAAGUAGCCACACAGACUAUGCUGUCACUUCCAACACAGCCAGAGAUUUUGAUCAGAUGCCUCAAGGGAACAUUGAGUCUACUGGAACACGUCUAUGGUAACAUCUUGAGAGGCCUGAUUGCAUUACACAUCCCAAAACAAAUACCUGGGGGUGAUGCACUGUCUCACUACAUGAUCAACCUGGUAGAACAACUGCGUGGCUUUGCACUAAAUCUAACCAACCUCAAGGACAGUGACAUUUCCAACCCUGAUAUAAUGCUCCCCAACAUCUACAAUCUUCUCCGAUCCACUGGUCUGACGCCACUGAUGCCCCUGUUUGGGAGCGGUGCAUCCAUUAACGCCUCCACUGUUCUGGAAGUUACCCUGAAGCUUGGAAGGCAAAACCAAAAACUCUUCAUCUUCAAUGAAAGCGACCCCACUCUGCCAGAUCUGGAGCGGUUGAUCAUGAACUUGCUGUCCAUGGAGGGAAAUCUCACCCUUCCACUGUCUCUCAGCAUGGGACACACGCUGCUCACAUAUUCUGGGUACCUGCGCCCAGAAGAUCUGGCCAGCCUCCAGCUGGCCAUUCAACCUUACACCAACCAGACAUCAGCGGGCUUCACAGAGGCUGUGCUCUCUGCCAUAGAGCUAUUGAAUACACUGACGGAUGCGCCUGGUGGCGAUCCUACAAACAUCAUCGUGGCCUAUGUUCAACAGCUCCAGCAGUUCUUGAUUUCAGCACUCAAACUGCGUCGAAUCGAUCAAGUCUGGCUAUCAAGUGGGCAACUUAGUCCAGGUCAAGUCACCGACCUCCAGCGGGUCACAGUUGACCUCCUCAAACUGCUGUCCCCAGAGGGCCUCCAAAGUCUAGCUCAGGCCGGACCCAACGCCACCCAGCAGCUGAUUUUGCAGAAACUUCUUGCGUUCCUCCCAGUCGAGGUCCAGCUCCUUGCAACUGACCUUGUCCAGGAGGUCCAGAUGCUGGCUGGUCAGUUGUCAUUCUGUACAUCAACAGGACAGGACUGUGUGGCGAGCCUCUCUGAAAUCAUCAAAUUCUUGCAGCAAGUCGCGACGAUGUUACAAGGGACCGAAGGGAACGUCACCAUCCAGAUAGAGCCGACCAAUCCUUUCCUGCAGACUCCGUCAUCUCUACGCAUGGCCGCCGCCGUCUUUUCACUUGUCCUGCCGCAGAGAGAUGCGCAGCACUUUCGAUUGAUCAACCAGACGCUCCAUUUCAUCACAUUGCUCAUGGACACACCACAGCUAACCAUAGCCCAGGCCCAGGACGCCCUAAGAGAGUCCCACCUCACCCUGUUAGAGCUGGAAGAGGUCGCUGCUCUGCUGGGUGCUGCCAACACCAACAGCCUGCUGGUAAACAUCGUGGGCCUCGUUGACGUCCAGCAGUGUUUCGCACAGCCGCCGAGCCCGAGCUGUGCCACGGGCUUGAUCAGCAGAGUCACUGGCUUCCUCUCAUAUAUACCCGCGCUCCGCGACGAGUCCCUGAUUUUUGCCCUAAUUCCGGAACUCCUCAACAAGUCUAUUGUCAAUGCCGAAGGCGCAAUCUACUACAACGAUCCACAAGUGUCGACUGUACUGAUUUUGAACCAUACCCUGGCUAAUAUCAUGGUGGGCCUGCAUCAGCUGAAUCUGAGCUCACCUGAGCUCAUGCAAGAGAUCAGAGUUCUACAAAACCUGUUGGAACUCGCCUCCAUAUAUCCGUACAGCAUGCCUCCCUUCUCCAACAACACCAUGAUUGAUGCCCAGUAUCAGGCCCAACUGGAGAUCAUCCAGUGGUACAUUAGAAAGCUGGAGAAUAUCACAAGUAGCAGUGAAGUGUCAAGCCUUCUCUAUCCUAUAUACCGCUCAGUGGAACUAUCGGUUGCUAUGCAACUGGCGUCAACUAACUUCUCUCAGUUUGUCAGUAAUGAGGUGACAAAUCUGGUGGACAACCUUGAAUACCCUAUAGAUGGGGCAGGGGUGAACAGAAUCGGGCUGGUAAUCAUUAAGCUGGUAAGGGAGCAGAUUAAAACCAUCUUGAAUAAUAUCCAGCUUCAAAAUGACCUCGACCAGAGUCUUGGAUAUCAACCUAAGUUCAACGCCACAACCCUGAAUGCCUUAUCAUAUCAAACGGGGCUGUAUCUGGAUCUCAUAGGCAACUGGAUGAGAACACCCAACAUCACCACAGUCUUCAACAGCAUGUUAAACUGGGGAAACUCUAGCCUGAACCUAACCACCCCAGGGAACGACAUCCACCAAUUGCUGCAGUCCGUCGCAUAUUACCUCGACAAGGAGGCAGUUGGCCUACUUCACAGUCGUCAGCAACUUCACCCAGGUCAUCAACAAGGCUCUGUCUGCGGCGGAGCAACCGGGCGGUCUCCAGAGCGACACGUUCUCCGAAGCCAUCGUGGCAGUGGUCGGACAGGUGAUCCAAAUCCUGGACCCGGAGAUCCCAGGUCCCCUGCAGCAAAACAUCUUGGCCGUCACAGUGGACUCCCUCCAACUGAUCGUCAACCCGACAUGAGCUUCGCCGCAGGACGAUACCUCUCCUUGCAAAUCCUGGGAAGGGCGGAGAUGCUCGUCGAGCAAAUCCUGCCGAUUGAGGUUGUUUAUUAUGUGAUUCCUGGAAUCCAGAUCAUCACCACCUAUUUUGAGACCAUCUCUAUGAUUGAUGGACAAGACAAGUGGAAUCAGAUCAUUUUGAACGAGUUGAAGACCAUCCAAGGAUUCCUUCCCGAAAACAGCACGGCCUUCUUGGCAAUCACAGUGAACUCCCUCCAACUGAUCAUCAACCCUGACAUGAGCUUCGCCACGGCACGCAACAUCUCCUUGCAAAUCCUGAGAGGGGCGGAGAUGAUCGUCGAGCAAAUCCUGCCCAAUGGGGUUGCCUAUUACGUGAUUCAUGGAAUCCAGAUCAUCACCACCUACUUUGAGACCAUCUCUAUGAUUGAUGGACAAGAAAAGUGGAAUCAGAUCAUUUUGAACGAGUUGAAGACCAUCCGAGGAUUCCUUUCAAAAAACAGCACAGCUGAAGCCUACUUGACCACUAUCAUUGACAUAACUUACUCAUUAAUGGGGAACGAUAAAGAAAACAUUACUCUCUGGGACAGUUUUGGGAACUCAUCAUCAAUGGGAGAAUUGACAAUAGUUAUCAGUCAGAUUCAAAUGGUCCUGAACAAAGUGUGGCCUGCGUUCACGGAACACCUAGGGUUUCCCAUCAGGGUUCCCCCCAUCAUGAGCUUUGUUGACCUGGCCCCUGUUCUGGAACAAAUCGUGACUGGUACUGCAAACCCAGGCACCUGGUACAAGCUGGAGAUGAUGCUGAACACGCUGCUGUUGAUGCUCCAAGAGACGUCCCUGUGGGAUCCCGACGUGCCUUGUGUCUUGAUCAUCGAGACCAUUUUACAAACACAGGUUCAGACCAUUCAAGCUCAGAAUGAGUUGAUACAGAGCCUUAACGGACCACUCGUCACAUUGACAGCAGAACUCAUCCAGUCCAUUAACAGCAGCCAUCUCAACUGGUCUGUCAUCCAGGAGCCAUUCCUGGUCGCUAUUGAGCGCAUGGUGAUGGCUGCCGGACAGACCAAUGGGACCUUGGACUGCCUCCAGGUUCUCAUGCUGUGGGAGCCUGUGAGGGCUGCGGCUGGGCUGGAAAACGACACAGACACCCUGCGGGCAUGGUGUCACGUGAGCCUGCAGCCAGUCCUCCAGAGCUACGCUGCAGCUCAGACCCACUACGCCAACCUCAACAUCAGCAACCUCACACCAGGGGCCGCCAGUGUGACGGCGGCAGGGAUAGCCAUGUCCCUGCGUUCUUUGUACCACGCCUUCGUCAACAGCAGCCGUGUGUCGGAGCAGCUCAUCAUCGCUUUAUCCAUAGAGCUGUCUGAUCUGCAGCCCCUGAGCUCCGAGGAGCAGGCUCAGUGGUACCAGAACCUCCAGGAAAUGCAGCUGCAAGAGAGCUUGGACUCCCUCGAAGCGCUCACAGAUGAGCUGCUGACCGUGGCCCCCUUCCUCAAGACGUACGUGGAGGCCGCGGAGCGAGCCGCACAACACCUGCUAAGCAACAUGCAGCCGAUGCAGAGCGGCGACAUCUCUCCGGACAUUUUCGGAGAAACCGCGUACACUUUCCUGGACUCCCUGAACCUUACCGACCCCAUGUUACCCAUGGUCUGGGGGAACGGUACGACACUUGACGGGCCAUCUGUCUACAACCUCAUGAAGGAAGUGGUGAGCAUGAUCGUGCGGACGGAGCUGUUCGGCGACAUGCCCGACCUCUACCGAUGCAUGGAGCGCUUCGUGGCCGCCAACUCCACACGCCAGGUGGCGGAAGAGUUGGCGGAGCUGUUGGCGUGGGCCUCCGAGACCCCGCAGGGUCCCGGGAUGGACGUGCUGCCCCGGCUCGUCUCCCUGAUGCACGCGCUCUUCAGAGCGGUCCACGAGCAGCUGGACAUGGAGCUCCCGCAGAACACCGGGUUCUUUGGAGACUUGGCGUUGGCCCUUGUCCAGGCGGUGCAGGCCCUGAUCCCCGUGGAAGACGACUACAGCGGGCCCCAAUGGGAGUCGGUGCCGUGGGGGAAUCCGGACAACGGCACCAUGUGGCUGGAACGACACGGCGCAGCUAAAUCAAGGCGCCGUCGCGAGCUCCCCACGGAGCCCAUCAGGGAGCCCAUGGUGGACUUCAUCGAGCUGUUCUCUGUCGACUACCCGGCCCUGUUCCAGGCCGUCUCCAUCGCACCCAGCCCCGCAGAGGUCCUGGAGACGGCUCACGUGCUCUUCGCAAAUCCAGACCUGAACGUGGUGAUGAAGGGUACAGCCCAGGACUUUGUGGGGCAAGAAGACACCUCAGACACGGAGGAGGCCAUUGACUCUGUGCUGGGCGUGCUUGCCUACCUCACCAACCGGGAGGUCUAUACAUCGCCGUGGACGUAUGGAUCGACGGAGCUGCUGAUCGACAUGGCUUUCCUUCUCUCAGAGGGGCUCCCCUACUCCUCGCUCAUAAAGAACAUCACCUUGAGCCUUGCCAAGGAAUCUCCAGAGAACCUGCAACUGCUCCCAGAGAUGUAUUAUACAGUGGCUGAACUUCUCACCACCAGCCUGAUGGAUGAACAAUACCCAUACAUUCUCGAAGACUUCUCCUACCAGGUGUGUCGGCUGGAGAACAUGGAUUCCGUGCGGACCCUCUUGAGUGCCCUGAAUGUUGAGCCGGGGCAGCUGUGUGCUAUUCUGACACCAGCCGUGGAAAUGCUAAUGGAGAACCUGCCGGCAAAUUAUUCCAACCUGCCUGAUGUCCUCUUCACCACCUUGGUUGGAGAGCCCAUCACGUACAAUAUUGACCGAGGCUGGACCACUGCGUUACCUGCAAAUCUUGGCUUGAACAUAAGCAGCAUCAAGGCUUUCACAGUAAACAUAACCAAACCAGAACGGGUGGCGGUAGGAGAAAUGUUCAGGGAUGAGGCUGCCUUUGUGAUGGACGUUCAGCGGUACAUGGCCUUCGACCCGCGCACCCUCCACCUUCUGCUGAACACCACCCUGCCGGACAACCUAGCCACCCUCUCCUGGUUGGUCAGCCUGCGCCACUGCAGAGACUCACCGUAUGGCCAGUCAGAGGAGCCCGAGGCCGUCAUCUACAGGGCCUUCUGCUCCAUGUCAGCCCAGCAGUGGUACACCUUCUCGCUGCUGGUGGCCCGCCAUGUCAGCAAUGAGAAGCUCAUCUACAGGCUGGUGAUGUCUGAGGAGCUGCAGAGCAUCGUGGGCUUCAUGCUUCAGAUGACCUCCGUCCUGACGGACAUGAUAGGCAGCCUGGGCCCCGUCCUCGGCCAGCUGCAGGGCUUCCUGACCUCCAUCGACGACCUCAACCUGGUCGCCGACCCCGCCUUCCGCAACAUGAUGAGAGGAUACAAAAGGGACCUAAGUAGCAGGUCGAUGCUGACCACCAUGACCAGAGCCCUGUGCAACAAUGGCAUGAUGGCCCUCUUUGGCAUCUCCAAGCUGACCAGCAUGACCGACGCAGACCCCUCCUUACCCUACACCGAGCAGAGGGAGGAGAUGAUCACCAAGUUCAAGAUACCACGCGAUGCUUCUCCGUUCUGCAUGAACCUGUACCUGGAAAUGGUGAACACUACGGGAGGGGCCAUUGCCUGGGCCUUCCUCAAGCCCAUGCUGAUGGGCCAGAUCCUGUACACCCCCGACACCCCCACCACCAGGGCCAUCAUGGAGAAGUCCAACGACACGCUGCGUGAGUUUGCCAAUCUGAAGCAGUACUCGGCAGACUGGAUCGAAUCCUCCGGCCUCCUCGUUAACUCCACCCAGGUGCUCAGGGAGACCCUGCCCAUGCUGAAGAAUUCCCUGGGCAACGCCUUUGUGAAGAAGUUCAUUGAGAUGCAGACGGACAUCAAUGUCACAGAGCUGAGGGAGACCCUCAGUGACUUCGCUAACAUGGGGGUCAUGCUGGAUAAAAACAAGCAGGCUCUCAAGCAGAUCACCGUGCUGUCCAACCUCAUGGUCAACGUCGCUUCCUGCAUCAAGUUCGACCGUUACCAAGGCUACGACUCUGCUGAGGAGAUGGACUCCGUUGCCCAGGAGCUGGCGAAAAACCGUGACCUUUACGCAAGUGUCAUCUUCAAGCUCCCCUCGGGAGACAAUCGGAAGCCGGGGAACGGCAGCGACGUUGCCGAGGCGGGCCUGCCGCGCAAAGUCAGCUACACCAUCCGCAUGCACAUGGACAACGUGAUGCGCACGGACCGCGUGCGCAGCCUCUACUACCUCAAGGACACGCACAUCGACGCGAGCCAGACCAUGCGCUACACGCGCGGCUUCAUCUACCUGCAGGAGAGCAUCGACCGCGCCAUCAUCGCCACGCACGCCGGCCACCACGUGGCCGAGCCCGCCGUCCAGCUCCAGCCCUUCCCCUACCCGUGCUUCAUGCGGGACGAGUACCUGGAGGCUAUCUCGUUUGUCUUCCCGAUCAUGCUCAUGAUUGCCUGGGUCCUGUUUGUGGCUGACUUUGUGAAGAAGCUGGUCUACGAGAGAGAGCUGAGGCUCCAUGAGUACAUGAAGAUGAUGGGCGUCAACCCGCUCAGCCACUUCUGCGCCUGGUUCCUGGACUGUGCCGUCCACCUGCUCUUCACCAUCGUCAUCCUCACGCUGGUGCUCAAGUACGGCGGCGUGCUGCCCAACAGCGACGGCUUCCUGCUCUUCCUCUUCUUCUGCAACUACGGCCUGAGCAUCGUGGCCAUGAGCUUCCUGGUCAGCUCCUUCUUCGACAAGACCUACAUCGCCGGCAUGACGGGCAGCCUGGUCUACGUGCUCUGCUUCUUCCCCUUCAUCAUCGUCAUGGGGUUGGAGACCAAGCUCAGCCUCUCCGAGAAGAGCGCUCUGGGACUACUAGCACCUACCUGCUUCAGUUACGCCACGCAGUAUGUCACACGCUACGAAUACCAGGGAGAAGGAAUCCAAUGGAGCAACGCCUACAGUUCCCCCGUGAGCGAGGACAACUCAUCGUUCGGCUGGAUGUGUUGGCUGCUACUGAUCGACUCGGCCAUCUACUUCCUCAUUGGGGGCUACAUUCGCAUGGUGUUCCCAGGACAGUACGGCCUCGCCGCCCCGUGGUACUUCCCCGUGUCGCGGUCCUUCUGGGCCGACCUGUGUUGCGCCUGUCGCCGGCGAGGGGCCAAGGAGCCCAGCGGCCUCUUCAUCACCAACAUCCUGCAGAGCAACCAGCCCGUCUUCCCCGAGGACAAAGAGAAAGACCGGAAGAUGUUCUCCUCGGCGACCAAUGAGGAGUUCCGGGGCCUGCCGGUGGGCGUGGCCCUCCACCGGCUCUCCAAGAUGUACGGCGAGCGCGUGGCGCUGAGUGACCUCAGCGUAUCCUUCUACGAGGGCCACGUGACCUCCCUGCUGGGGCACAACGGAGCCGGCAAGACCACCACCAUGUCCCUGCUGACCGGCCUGUUCGCCCCGUCCUCCGGCUCCAUCGAAGUCUACGGCCGGGACAUGCUGGCCAACAUUGAGGACAUCCGCAAAGAGCUGGGCGUGUGCAUGCAGUACGACGUCCUCUUUGACCACAUGACCACCAAAGAGCAUCUGCUUCUAUACGGACAGAUCAAGGCCCCCCACUGGACAGAGGGAGAACUGCGAGAGCAAGUCCGCAAGACCUUGGAGGAGACCGGCAUGCACGCCCACAGGCACAAGCGGGUGGGCACCCUGUCUGGCGGCAUGAAGCGCAAGCUGUCCAUCUCAAUCGCCUUCAUCGGGGGGUCUCGCCUGGUGGUGCUGGACGAGCCCACCACAGGGGUGGACCCCUGCUCCCGACGCAGCAUCUGGGACAUCGUAAUCCAGCAUAAGACCGGACGCACCAUCGUCAUGUCCACCCACCACCUGGACGAGGCUGAGGUGCUGAGUGACCGCAUCGCCUUCCUGCAGAGCGGAGGGCUCAAGUGCUGCGGCUCCCCCUUCCAGCUGAAGGAUCGGCUGGGCCAAGGCUACAAGCUCACCCUCACCAGGAAGGCCGCCGGCGAAGGGCCCGGCCUAGACAACGCAGAGCUGAAGGCCUUCAUCCAGGCCCACGUGCCCGAGGCGCGCCUGAAGGAGGCCCAGGGCAGUGACCUGGUGUACACACUGCCCCCCUUCACCUCCUCCAGCGCCUCCUCCUACCGAUCGCUGCUCUCGGCCCUGGACGGCAACCUGGACGCCCUGCAGCUGGGCUGCUACGGCAUCUCUGACACCACCCUGGAGGAGGUCUUCCUCAAUCUGACCCAGUCCGACCCCAACUCUGAGGCCCCACUGUCCAUCUCCGAGUCCGUGUCCGAUACGGCGUCCUUGGACAGCUUCUCGGAGGGGCGGAUGGGAAGCCGGUCCCUCCCAGGCGAUAAAAUCCGCCUGACCGGCUCCCCCACGCUGCGUGGCGCCGCCCUGGUGUGGCAGCAGGCGUGGGCCCUGCUGGUGAAGAGGUUCCAGCACAGCCGGCGCGACUGGAAGGGCAUGCUCACCCAGAUACUGCUGCCCGUGGUGUUCGUGGUGUUCGCUAUGGGCCUGGGCUCGGUCAAGAGCGACAUGGAGCACUUCCCCGAGAUGGAGCUCAGCCCCGCCCUCUACAACAUCGGACCCAGCUACUCCUUCUUCAGCAACCGCAACGCUAACUCCAGCCGCAUGGUGGAUGCCAUGCUGUCCUACCCGGGGAUAGAUAAUGCCUGUCUCGAUAAGCGUGAUAACCCGGUCUGCAGCAGAAGCACCAAGUCGGACACCUGGGAAUCGAAAGGGAACAAAUCUCAAGUCUUUAGCACCUGCAAGUGUAUCAGCCAAAACCAGGUGUGCGCUGAAAACACAUACAAGCCCCCCCAUAAGAAGUUGCCCUCCUCCCAGACGUUCUUCAACCUGACUGGCCUCAACGUUGAGCACUAUCUCAUCGCCACAACCAAUGAAUACAUCCGCAACAGAUAUGGAGGGUUUGAAAUCGGCCAGCCAAUCCCAGCUGGCCUGCAGAUGGAUCUCCGAGAGGUGCCUAAAGACCGCAGCCUGGCCAAGGUGUGGUACAACCCAGACGGCCACCACUCGAUGCCGGCAUACCUCAACAGCCUCAACAAUCUCAUCCUGCGCUCCAACCUCCCGGCAGACCAAGACAAGGAGCAAUACGCAAUCUCCGUUUCCAGUCAUCCCUACUUUGGCAGGGCAGAUGACGAGGACGCAGUUGUGCACGGGCUGAUCCAGCUCCUGGUGGCCAUCUGCGUGAUGACGGGCUACGCCAUCACCACGUCCAGCUUCGCCAUCUACGAGGUCCAUGAGCACCACAGCGGCGCCAAGCGGAUGCAGCACAUCUCCGGGAUCGGGGAGCCCCUGUAUUGGACCGUCAACUUCCUCUACGACAUGACACUGUACCUCAUCCCGGUGUUCCUGACCGUGGGUGUGAUUGCAGCCUUCCAAAUCCCGGCAUUCACAGACAGGCAGAAUCUGUCCGCCGUCACCCUGCUCCUGGUGCUCUUCGGGUUUUCCACCUUCCCCUGGAUGUACCUCCUCGCGGGAGUCUUCAAGGAUGCAGAGAUGGCCUUCAUCAGCUACGUGUGCAUCAACCUCUUCAUCAGCAUCAAUACCGUGUUGCCCACCUCCAUCCUCUUCUUCAUGAGUCAAAUCUCAGUCACCGACACAGAGGCCAUCCAGCUGCUCUACAACCGUCUGAGCCGGGGCCUGCUCGUCUUCCCCCAGUUCAGCUUCGGCAAUGGGCUGAUGGAGCUGGCGCGGAACAACAUGGAGGUGCAGCUGCUCAGCGGCUACGGCGUGGACGCCUACAGGGAGCCCUUCUCGGCCGCCGGCCUGGGCCCGGUGUUCCUGUCCGCCUUCCUGCAGGGCCUGGUGUUCUUCGCACUGCGGCUGCUGUUGAACAGGGGGCUCCUCCGCAAAGUCUGGCGUCUGACCAUGGGCAAGAGAGUGCUGCCCCCGGUGGCGGUCGACGGCCAGGACGGCCAGGACGGCGAGGACGAGGACGUGACGGCGGAGCACGCCCGCGUCUCCAGCGGCGAGGCCAACUCUGACCUCCUGCAAGUCUGCCGCCUCUCCAAGGUCUACCAGUACCUCAACAAGAAGGUCCACGCCGUCAACCAGGUGUCCCUGGGCAUCCCCGCCGGCGAGUGCUUUGGCCUGCUCGGUGUGAAUGGAGCCGGAAAGACCACUACCUUCAAGAUGCUGACCGGAGACGUCAGUCCCACCGACGGAACCGCGCAGAUCAAGGAUGUUGACGGGCGCAUGGUGGACAUCAUGGAGUGCCGUGACCAGGGCAUAAACAUUGGUUACUGUCCCCAAGUGGACGCCCUGGACAACCUACUCACUGGGAAGGAACACCUGUACUUCUAUGCCCGCAUCCGCGGCAUCUCCAAGCGGGAGAUUGAUGGGGUGGUGAACCACUUGUUGAAGAAGCUGGAGCUGGUGUCCCACCGGGACGCCGUCACCGAGGGCUACAGCUGUGGCACCCGUCGGAAGCUCUCCACCGCACUGGCUCUCAUCGGACAUCCGCAGAUCCUGCUCCUGGAUGAACCCAGCUCAGGCAUGGACCCCCGCACCAAACGCCACCUUUGGAAGAUCAUCUCGGAAGAGGUCAAGGGGAAAUGUGCAGUUGUCCUCACCUCUCACAGCAUGGAGGAGUGUGAGGCUCUGUGCAGCCGCCUGGCCAUCAUGGUGAAGGGUCAGUUCCGGUGCCUGGGUUCCCUGCAGCACAUUAAGAACAGGUUUGGCAGUGGGUUCACGGUGAAGAUGUACCUGGCCCUUGCCUCCUGCGAUGUGGAUGUCAUCACAAGCUUCAUGCGGCUCAACUUCCCCAGCACCUACCUCAAGGAGCAGCACUCCACCAUGGUGGAGUACCAUGUGCCCGUGGCUCCGGGUGGAGUUGCAGACAUCUUCCACCAGCUGGAGACCAACAAGAACGCUCUGCACAUCAAACACUUCUCAAUCAGCCAGACCACACUGGAUGAGGUCUUCAUCAACUUCGCAAUGGGGAAGAUCGGCACAAUGGACACCAUCCCCAUUCACAACGAGGAGGCAGACAGCCUAGACCCCUUCGGCCUUAUGCCAGUGUAGGAGUAGGACACCCCCCCCCCCAUACACAUCAAAAUAAGGGCAAAUGUAUUGUGUCAAGUUAUCGUAUACCGUAAUUUAACCCGUUGUUUCUAUGAAGAAUGAGCUUUAGCCACUUUAACCGCAUGAUGGAACGACUGCACAAGUGUUCUUUGCAUUAUUACUCGUCGCUUAUACCGGUCACUUUAAUGUGAAUUGUCUCUUCUCAACAAUGCAGUGGACUCUGAAAGGAAUCAGGGCAAUGACAUCUACUUUAUUUUUUAUGUACGCUCACUCACACACACACACACACACACACACACGUUCAUACGCCGGCGUUCACACAGACACACACAAAAGCACACAUUAGCCAAAGGACAAAAAUAUCUUACUUUAUUACAUAAUUGCCCUGUGUGGGGUAGUGACAUGUUUAUAUGUUUAAGUUGAUUUCAAUGAUAAUGAAGGCAAAAAUGAACCGUAUAGAAUGUACAUUUUGUUUCUCUAUGGUGGGGGGUAUAAUUUAUUAGCUGAAUAGUUGAUCUACGGCAGUUUUUCCUAUGCAUAGUAUAUCCUAAGGGUACAAGAACUAUGUUCCAAAAAUAACCAUUUUCCAUACAACCAUGUUACUUUGAUCAAUCUUCCAGAUCAAAUCUCCAGAUCAAUCAUCCACGGAUAGGAUCAGAAUCACAGGUCUAUGUGUAUUAAUUGUCAUUUUUGCAGUAAACAUCAUUUUUCCUACUACUUACAUUCCAAUCUAGCCAUAUGUGCGCUACCAGAUUCAAACACACACAUAAUAAUCAUAUAAUCUGUGACAAUUUUCAUCCUCUUCCUCAUUAUAACUUUUGGUUGAAGAAGGAACGAAUCCAGGAAUGCCUUAUGGGGGAGUUUUUUUAAUCUGAAAAUAAUUUGAUGAAUGUUUUUAUAAUUCAAUAAAGCAUCUGACUUAAUACAA